UCUCGUCGAGUGAUUAAUGCAUCUCUUUUUCCGCAUUUUUAUGUGUAACAUGACGGAAGAGCAGCAGCAUCAUCAUCGACUCUCAGUAGUGCGCUUCGCGUGCGCUUCUCGCGCGCCACGCGGCUGAAUAAUAGCAGCCCUAUACAAGUAUAAUUAUUGUCGCGUAUACAAAAUUAAAAAUUAAACAAAAAAAAUAAAUAAAAAUUAAAUUAAUCAGGACUAGGUCGCGAUAACGCGCGCGCACGCGUUACAAUGGUUGUAAUUUUUAAGCGCAAAUGUUUGCUCCGCGCCGACGAUGACGCAAACCGCUGCAGCUGUUAAUUAACUGCACCGGUGGGUACUAAACGGCACAUAGAGACAAAGAGCGCGUAAUAAUCUCAUUAUAGGACGUUAAAUCUCGGCUGUGCAGUCGUGUAUAUAGUGUCAUCCGAGGCCAAUAACGAUAUAUCAUCGCGUUCGUAAAGUGUCUGUGCCCAAGAACUCGAGAUUAUAAUUGCAAACCUCAUGGGUGGAUGAUGCCAGCAGCCACUACCACUACCGACACUGAUUUCGGGUAAACGUGUGUACAUACAUAUACAACGACGUACGGCGGUGGAGAUAAAGUAAUAUGCGCGGCACACCUGUGCGCGCGGUGUACGUACGAGCCGCGCGACACGCGACUACUACAUACCUAUCUACACAAGCGCGAAACGGCCGGAGACCAUAGCGAUCGGAGCAGCGGUAUUAAUAAGCUCGCUCGGUUAAUCAGUUCGGGACGCGGCUCGAGAGUGUAUGGUGUGCACUGGGGGGGCUAUUAAUAAAUAAUAAAUAAAUAAGUAUUGUAAAAGCAUCGAAGCGUCGAGGGUGGUGGUGCAAGAAAAUGGAGCAGAGACUUCACGGAGUGAGGAGGCAGAAAAAGCACAGCGGAAGAAAAAAGAAGGUGCUGCUCUCCAUAGUGGACCCGUGGGACGAUCGCAUAGCCAGCGUCGAUCCGCUCGAUCUCGCCGCGCGUCGAGAAGAAGCAGCAGCAGCAGCGGCGGCAGCGGUAGUAGUGGAUGCUACUGCCACGGCGGAGGUGGCGGCAGCAGCAACAUCGUCAUCGUCUUCUAAUCGAGCCUGUAGAGAUACACCUCCGACGAGGACGACGCCGGACCAGCAGCAGAGACGCAUCAGGACACCCUGGCCCUGGUACAAGCCCCGAUACAGCGAGCUGCAGACUGCACCUACUACUACCACUGCGACUCCGACUGCGGAUGUUUCAAUUAAGCUCGACGACGACGACGACGACGACGAGCAGCGGCAGGAGAAACAGAAGCAGAGGCACAGCGACGACGAUCAUCGUCAACGGCUCAUCGAGCAGACCUACGUAUUUCCCAAGGAAGACGAUAACGACGACGGAGACGCAGCAGCAGCAGCAGUAAAAGCCGAAGAUCCCAAGGAGAUCGUCGAGCGAUUGGUCAACGCCAGGUAUAAUAGGCCGCCAGUGAUACAGAGGAAAUUUCAACGCCCGAUCGUGCGGACUACUACGAGGCAGCAGCGACAGCAUCGCACUAUCUCAGGUGACGGAGUCGAGGUCGAGGUCGAGGACAAACAUGACGACGGAAUAAUAGAUACCGUCGCAGUCAGGGCCGGUACCGAAACGACGACGACGACCAUGGCUGCUACCAUCGUCGACGUGGACGCGGCUGUGAAGCAACAGCAGCAGCAGCAACGUAGGGGCGGCCGCAAGCUCAGCUCGUCGAUGCCCGGCAAGCUCGACGACAUGGACGAUCUGCGGAUCGGUAACGACAAGGGCGUCUCGUCCAAGUUCGCGAGGCAGGAGAGCGACAGCAGCGUGACGUUCAGCAACAGCGGCUCGACCUUCAAUGGCAGCACGCUGGGCUCCGACACGGAAGACGAUCUCAACGAGCACGACGCGGCCAAGAUACCGCUGCAGAGUCAGCGUCAACCGAUCGGGGUCAUCGUGCCCCAAAAUCAUCAUAAUCAUCAAUCUUCGCGCAGUAAAAAACUCAUCAAUAGCAACAACAACAACAAUAGCGCCAACAAUAACAACAAUAACAACAACAACAAUAGUCACACUAACGGCAACAACAAUAACAACGGCAGCAAUGGUGAUCAGCUGGGUGGCAGCGGCGACUACUCGCAGACUCAUCCGAGCGCCAACUCGACCAUCACCAGCGUGAACAGCAUCAGCAGUCUACUGAAAGAGAAGCUCCAGUGGACGAUACCCCAGGCGUUGAGGAACAGCGCCAAGCGUCAGAACGCCGACUAUCGGCUCAAGACCUUCGUCGGCUUUCUAUUUCUCUGCAUCGUGUUUCUCGUGGGUUUCGCGCACAUCUACUAUACCCAGCAUGUGCUGCAGCGGGCCUACUUCGAUAAAUUCAGGUUCAACAAGAACGAGCGCCAGAUGCACGUGUACAACUCGGCCGGGGGCGAGAUCGUGUCGGCGCGCCUGGGCGUCGGCAUACCCGGCGACGUCGGUGUCUUUCCGUGUCUGCCCGAGCACGAGCUCGCCGACAAGGUCUGCCUCGAGUGGCGCGGUCACUCGCGCCUCUAUCUGAGCCAUCGUCGUCGCGAUCCCGCGACGGACUGCUACGAGGUCACCUGGCAGGCGCUGCAGCCGGGCGUCUGGCCGCGGGACUGCUUCGACUGGUCGGCCAAGCGGGGCGGCCACUGGUACGGCGCGGGCCAGUUGAGAGACAUGGCCUAUCCGCUGGAGCAGCAGUCGCGCCUCGAGUCGGCGGCCUUCAUCACGGGCGACGUGCGCAAGGGCCAGCCGUUCGGCAACGUGCUGCGUCGAUACUUUCUGAGCUCGCGCGGCGCCACCAUCACCGUCGACCCGGACACGCCGCUCUACGUGUCGAUACUGCCGGCGGUCGAGCCUCAGAUCGUCCCGGGUAGCAGCGGUGGCAUCGGCAGCAGCAGCAGCAGCAGCAACAGCAACAAGGAGCUCUGCCUCGAGGCCAGACACGACGGCUUCGCCUUCGUCGCGCAGCCGGGCGAGCUCGCUCGACUGAAUUACAGCGUGUGCGCGAGCAACGACAGCGCCAAGAAGCUUCACGCCACCCUGGCCGAGAAAUACCUGUGGGACGGACUCAGGCCCGAGGAGCUGCAAGCCGUGCAAGCUCUGCUGAGCGAGCCCGUCUGGCAGAUAGCACCGGGCGCCGGCGAGGCCGACGUGGCCAACUACACCGAGGACGUCAUAGCGCUGGGCUUUCUGCGCCAGGGUCACGUGCUGCUGUCGGAGCAGUGGCAGCCGAGCAGCGGCGACCUGGCCCUCGACGAGGCGCGCUUCCACUCGAUGCGCCACACCAUCGACGUGAUGCACCGCCGUGGCUUCCGCAUCGUCUUCACCCUGCAGCCGUUCGUCAGCACGGAGUCGAGCUCGUUUCGCCAGGCCGUCGCCGAGGGUCUGCUGGUCGGCGAGCGCGGCAGCGAUCCGCGCAUACCCGCCCUGACUCGCUACCGCGACGUGUCCAGCGCCGGCGUCCUCGACAUCACCAACAAUCGCACGCUGCCCUGGCUCCAGGCCAAGCUCGAGGCCCUCGUCAAGAAAUACGAGGUCGACGCGUUCUAUCUGGACCUCGGCACGGCCCACGACAUGCCGCACUACUUCCAGUGCUCGCGGCCCCUAGCCAGCCCGGAUCACUACAAGAGUCUCUUCGUCGACGCGUUGCUGGGCUCGCCCCUGCCCGUGAUCGGCGUCUCAAGUGCCGUCCAACGACCGCGCGGUCCCGUCUUCGUCUCGCUGCCGCCCUUCGCCUCCAGCUGGAAGGCCAUCAAGACGGUCAUACCCACCGUGCUGAGCUACGGCAUAAUCGGCUUUCCGUUCGUGAUGCCCGGAGCCGUGGGUGGUGACGUGGCUCUGCCCACCUCGUCGGACAACAAUAACAAUAAUUCGGUCGGUGGUGGCGACGACGACGACGACGACGACGACGAGCUGGAGCUGCAGCUGCCCGACAAGGAGCUAUAUGUGAGAUGGCUUCAGCUCGCCACUUUCCUGCCGGUGAUCAGAUUCAGCCAUCUGCCGAGCAAGUACGCCGACGAGAGCGUCCUCGAGAUCGCCAAGAAUCUCACGAGUCUACGACAGAAGACCGUGACGCCGCUGCUCAAGAAGUACGCCAACGUCACCCUGGACACGGGUCUGCCCAUAAUUCGACCCCUGUGGAUGCUCGACCCGGCCGAUCCGGCCUGUCACCUGGUGCUCGACGAGUUCUCGGUCGGCGAGGAGCUCAUAGUGGCGCCGAUCUUGCACUCGGGCAGCAGACAGCGAGAGGUCUAUCUGCCCGCCGGCGUCUGGAAGGACGGCAUCGACAAGAGCUUGCGCAAGGGAUCACGCUGGAUACACAAUUAUCGCGUGGCCGAGGACAAGGUCGCCUACUUCGUCAAGAUGCCCGACGACAUGCGCUUCUAGAGGGGCUUUUAGGAUAUAAUAAGGAUAAUCACGAGGCUUCAUGAUAGUUUUUUUUUUUAUUACUUUUUACUUUUAUUUUUCAUCCUUUUAAUUGUAUAUUAUAACAUCAGUAUUUGUU